ACUGUAAAAAUGGCAACAGCGAGCCGCAGCAGCACCCACGUUCUCUCCUCCUCAUCACUCUUUCUCUCUCUUACUUCCCUAUUUUCUCACUCCUCCAUGUCCAUUGUACCACCAGUACUCCUCCUCCUCCUCUGUACCACCGCCACUCAUGAAAAUCCCACUCUUUCUUCUCCUCGUUCUCGCCGCCGCCGGUUCUGCAUCUGGGUUCGGUUCAAUGGGACCCAUCGCCGCCUCCUUCGGAGAUUACAGCCUCUUCUGCGCCAUCGACGCUAGUGGCAAGCAGGCCGUCAUUUGUUGGGACGCCAAUAACAGCUCUUCCUCCGCCUCCACCUCCUUCCGCUACUCCGCCGCUUUGCCUCCCAUGGCUGCCCUCUCCGGCGGUGACGGGUUUCUCUGCGGCAUUUUAGCAGACACCUCGCAGGCAUCAUGCUGGGAUUCAACUGGCUUCUCCAAAACCUCCGAUCUCGUCCCAUCGGUAUUCAAACCCAACGCCUACUCCCACCUCGCCGCCGGUAAGGACCAUGUCUGCGCGAUUCGAGGAUCUUACUUCUCCGAAAUCGACUCCGGCACCGUCGACUGUUGGGACAUCGUCAUUCUCUCCGGCGGCAACACCUCAACCUCGAAACAGAGCACCCGCUUCUACGACCAGAACGCCACCACACUCGUCUUCAGAAAACUCGUCUCCGGCGACGGCUUCACCUGCGGCAUCAUCAGAGACGGCGGAAUCUCCUGCUGGGGCCCACACUCCAACAAUCUCGCCAUCGCUUCAACCACCAUACCGGCGAAUUUCGUCACCCUCUCCUCCGGCGUAGACUCUUUCUGCGGAAUACUACAAAUGUCCGGCGAAAUCAAAUGCUGGGGCAACAACAACAGCAACUCAUACACCAACCCACCACUCGGAACAAGAUUCGUUUCCCUCGCCGCCGGCGAUCACCAUUACUGCGGAAUCAGAGAGGACAACCACGGAAUCGAGUGCUGGGGAAGCUUCAACUCAUCUUCAAUCCCGAAGAACUCCGGUUUUCUCUCCAUCGCUUCAUCAAACACCCUAACCUGCGGCAUCAGAGAAACCGAUUUAGUCCUCGACUGCUGGUUCUCCGCCAACACCUCCUCGCCGGAAAAUUACGAUCCUCCGCUGCAGCUGUGCAGCCCCGGCCUAUGCACCGCCCUCACCUGCGAUCCCAACAUGUUUGCCUUCAACGCCAGCCUCUUAAACGAACCCGAUCUGAACUCCUUGUGCGUGAGAAAAGAUCUCAGGAUUUGCUCCCCAUGCGGGCUCAAUUGCUCCGACGGGUUUUUUCCGUCGAGUGUAUGCACCGCAAAUGCAGAUAGGGUUUGCACUUCUUGCUCUCUCUGCCAAAACAGUUCUUGCAGCGAAAUCUGCAAGCUUCAAUCUCCAUCGAAGAUUCAACCAAAGCAUUGGGAUCAAUUACGCCAGCUGCUACUCAUAAUCGGAUCCACCGCUUCCGGUUUGUUGCUAAUUCUCGUCGCCUGGUGCGUUUUGCCUCGUGUAGUGAUCUCCACCGCCGACGAAGGCAAAAAAAAGAAUCGAUUUUGUCUGUUUUCGUGCACUCACGGACCCCACAAGGAAUUCGACGAAAAUCCCGACCAGAAUAUCCCGUUAUCGGUGGGCCCAUGCCCUGGAAUAGCCCAAGUUUUCCGACUCUCGGAAUUAAAAGACGCAACAAACGGGUUCAAAGAGUUCAACGAGCUAGGGCGUGGAACCUACGGCUUCGUAUACAAAGCCGUACUCUCCGACGGGCGCCAGGUGGCAGUCAAGAGAGCCAAUGCAGCUACAAUAAUCCACACAAACAGUCGGGAUUUCGAAACCGAGCUCGAGAUUCUAUGCAAUGUCCGGCAUGGGAAUAUCGUGAAUUUGUUGGGGUACUGUGCGGAGAUGGGGGAAAGGCUGUUGGUCUACGAGUACAUACCAAACGGUACCCUACACGAUCACCUGCACGGGGGUCUAUCGAGCUUAAACUGGACCCUCAGGCUGAGAAUCGCCAUGCAGGCAGCAAAAGGGCUCGAGUACCUUCACAAAGAAGUUGUGCCUCCGAUCGUGCACAGAGAUGUGAAGAGCUCGAAGAUUCUUCUAGAUGCCGACUGUGGGGCCCGCAUUGCCGAUUUCGGGCUUUUAACUCCGAUUGGUAGGGAUGUGAAUGCUGAUAUGAGAAUGGAUGUGUACGGAUUUGGGGUUGUGAUUCUUGAGAUUUUGAGCGGGAGAAAGGGGUACGAUGGGGAUUGUGUGCCUCCGAAUAUAGUCGAUUGGGCGUUGCCGUUAAUUAAACAAGGGAGAGCUGCCGCUAUAAUAGACAGGUAUGUACCUUUGCCUAAAAAUGUAGAGCCUCUGUUGAAACUUGCUGACAUAGCUGAGCUUGCUCUCAGACAUGAUCACAAUGAAAAUGUUUCUAUGUCUGAUUUGGCGGUUUUGUUGGAUCAGUUAGUUAAGGAUGGAUUGAUCUUGUAGUUUUGGUUUGACUUUCUGUUUUUCUUUUUUUUUCUUUUUUUUUUUUGGGUGCAAAUUUUAUUUUUUUUGGUUCAAAGAUGAAAGAAUGUGAUUAUCAAUAGAUUUACUUGAGAAAAGCUCUCCUAUAAUUGUACAUUUGUGUGGGUUAUUUUUGUAAAAUUUAUUUA